AUGGCAGAUCGCCUGAUCGCUGUGAUGUUCACGUCAAAAUGCUUACUGUUGCUGGCAAUUACGUUUGCUCCAUGCCAACUGGUGAUUCAACAUGUCAUCUGGAUUGCCAUGGUAUUCGUCGGAGAUGAUUCAACAGGCGAUUGGCUCAGUGAAUAUGGCAGUGCAACUGAGGUGAUGCAAAUUGCAAAGACGAUCUGCUCGAAAUAUGAAAGGCUGGAGAAUACGAAGAAAAGCUCGGGCUACAAGAACUUCACGUGCGUUGUAACCGGUCCUCACCGGGGAGCUUUGAAAGGGCAAUUUAUCUUGCAGUUCGAGACGCGAGAAAGGGAAUACAUUUUAUUAACAAAAGGGGACUUGGAAAAGCGAAACACAGGAACUGGUUAUGAA